CAUCAACUUCCGGGUUUUCUGGUGUGUGUGUGUGUGUGUGUGUGUAGAUGUUGUGAGUCGCAGGCGGGAGAUUUGGGUUUAUUUGAGAUUUACAUUCGCACAACAAGUCUUCCAUGUGGCCUGUGAAGGAGUUAGAACUCAUGCACAUCAUCUGGAGAACUACUGCACAUCAUCUGGAGAACUACUGCACAUCAUCUGGAGAACUACUGCACAAUUAAAAUAAACACUGUUUAAUUGUACGGAUAUAUGAAGGGGAUUCACACUGACUCCAUGGAUCCGCUGGAUUUUCUAACUCAGGAGGAGCUGAAGAUGUUUUUUCACUGUAAGAAGACUGAGAUCUCUUGUAUGGAGGAACCGCGCACCUUCCUCAACCAGCUCCGAGACCACGACCUGGUACCUGAGGAUCUCUACAAGAAGGUCAUAAAUAUGAGAAGUAGGGAGAGAAGGAAGAAAGGUGUGUAUGACAUUUUGGACUGGGUGGAGCAGAAGAAAGGACAGUGUAUGAAGAAGUUCUGGAGGUGUGUGUUUCAGGAUCACAUCCUGCAGAAUUAUGCUGUUUUCCGCUUUCUCCGAAACAGCCUUCUUGAUGGAUCCUACAAGAGUUAUCUGACGCUCCCUGAUACGGAGGACAAGAACGACAAUGAGACAGAGUCGGUGCAGAAAGAAGAAGAGAAAAUAAAGGGAAGGAAAGGAAGCAGAAAGAGAAAGAAAAGUGACGAAGGGACCGAGGAGGAAGAGGAACCAGGACCUUCGUCUUGCUCCACCCCUAGCAGAAAGAAAGCGGCGAGAAAGCCAACGUUCUGCUCUCCAUUAAAAAGAGGAGAGAAGGCUGAAAUCUGGACGUGGGAUCUGUAUAAAACGACCCUCCCUGUUACCUGUGGUAGUAAAAAAGCCACGCUGCAUCGGGACAAGUUAGCCAGAGGGUUGGAGUGUGUUCUGUACGAGGGUAAGUGGCUCACAACAAAUGAGUUUGAGAAGGUUGCAGGAAAGGGAAGCUCCAAGAACUGGAAGUUGUCCAUCCGCUGCCAUAAAACUCCACUGCAAAGACUUAUAGCGGAGGGCCAUCUGCAGUGUCCACGCAUGAAGAGACAAUGCGUUCGGAAGAAUCGGAGAGUGUUGUUUCCCAGCAGCUCCUCUGAAAGCUCCUCCAGCCCUUGUUCAGUCUCAUCCUUAGAACCUUCACCGAUGGACGAAUCAAGCGACGACCAGGAGGAGGAAAGAGAAGAGGACGGAGAACGAGGAGCAAACGAAGAGGAGAAUGAAGACGAUGGAGAAGAUGGUGAGCCGGUGGAUCUGACUGAGUUUCAGCCUGCGGUUUUACCAGUCAGCUGUGAUUCCGUCACUGGAGAGCUGUAUAAAAAAAGAUUUACAGGCGGGUCACGCAGUAAGAGCAUCCGCACAGAGGAGCGCUGGUUCACUCCUGAGGAGUUUGUAAAGCAGGAGUUAACUCUGACAGACGGACACUGGAAGAAAGAUAUACUGUGUCACGGAAAAACCCUCGACUACCUGGUGAAGAAGAUCCUGUGUAUCCACUCUGUGCAGUGCAAGUGUGAUUGUUGUGAUCCUAAAGACCCGCUGGCUCAGAAUAACGACGACGUCUGCUUCAUUUGUGACUCUGACGGAGAUGAAGACGGAGAGCUGGUGUGCUGUGACGAGUGUCCACGAGCUUUCCAUAAUGACUGUCACUUACCACCUACACACAACAACUCUAACGGGGAUAAAUGGAUGUGUACUUUCUGCGUUUGGAAGAUUAACCAGCGAAUGUGGAUGCACAUGAGUCUGGAACAAACUUUGAAAAGUCCUAUAAAGCAAAACAUUAUGCGCUGUGAGUAUUUGUUGUUGUGUUUGUAUAAGGAGGACGUGAGCCGUGUGUUCACUAAAGAUCCCUUAACAACCGUGUCGGGAUACAGCAGUGUGGUGUCUAAUCCCAUGUGGCUGGACAGAGUCAAGGACAAACUGCAAAGAAAACUGUACACCACAGUGGGAGAGUUUGUAGAUGACAUCAGGCUUAUCUUCCAAAACCGGGAUCAAGAUGUCUGCAUGUUGGGAUCCAGACUGAGCGAGAUAUUUGAGCAGAAGUUCCUCACCUGCUUUAAGAUCCAGUAGAGAGUCUCCUGUUUCACCGAACUGCAUCUGAUCGUUCUGUUUACAAUCAAAACACAAAGAAUCGUCAGAGGAAUUUCAAAGACAAUGGUGUCCUAAAAUACAAGAGCCAUUCAGGAAACAGAAGGAAGGAAUUGAAAUACGUUUGUCGGUUAUUUCCAAAUUCCUGUCCUUUCCACCGAACACUUUGUCCAUCGCAUAUAGCCAAGCCACGCCCCUUUCUGCUCAUUGGCUACAUGUUUGUUUUGUUAGUUGGCCCGACUCAGUAUUCUGAAGCAUUUCUCAAACAUCGUGCACCCCACCUUUAAUUCUACUCAGUGCUGCACAAUAGUAAUCUUGUGUAGCUACUUGCUCAGUUGUUAUAAGGAAAGUGUUUCCGUUUUUAUGUAUUAAUCCAGUCUACACUGUUAUUUCUUGCGUAUUUAAACAUUUGAACCAUAUGCAUGUUGUGUUAAACACCCACCGCCUCCCAGAUUCUCCUAGAAUGAAAUUAUAUCAUUUUCAGAAAGCAGAAAUUGGUGUUUACUGCAAGAGACGUGUAAAUCGAGUUUACAAAUCACUGCACAGAAAAGAUGCAUAUAGUAUAUGACAAGUUGACUGUAGAAAUGUUAAGUCUUCAUGCACAAAUAUAUCAGCUUCGGUGAAAUGCAUUGCUUAAUAGUGAAUCAGCGGCAUAUUAGACACGUAAUCGUUGAAAUCUAACCAACCAGAAGACCUUUAACGUGUUGUGUGUGUUUAUAAUUGUGUACCUAGAAGAUGCACUUUUAUCACAAGUAGACCGCAAAAAAAUCUGAGCAAAUUGUUGUUGUUUUUUAAAGGAAUUUUUAUAUUUUUAAUAUUUUUAAAUUAUGUAUUUUAUUUGGAUCUGACUUGCUGAGAUGCAGGUGAACUUGUAUCCAGCUCAAACAGUGGACCAAACGAAUUAGUGUUGUUUUGUUUUGUUUUUAAUUAGUGAAUCGGGGAGUAGAAUUUCCUCUAGAAAUUCAGAUCUUUCUUCAUCUAAUCAGAAAACAAUUUAACGAUAUAAAACUUUCUUGGGUUUGAAUCGUAUUAAAAAAAAAUCGGAAUAUCGUGUUACAUUGAGAGCUGAGAGAAACUCUACGUUCACACCCUCUACAUUCAAACCCUUUACAAUCUAAUUUAAGUUUGAUUGACAUGCUACGUGAUUGGAUUCAUGCUAGCUGCUUUGGAGGAUUAGUGGAGCAGUUUGACUGGAGCAGCUACGUAAGAUGUAGCAGAUACAGAAAACUGUCGAGUGAGGAGUUAACGCUAUCGCUUCAUGUUCAUGUUUAUAAAAUGUAUAGUGUUGUGUUAACUGUACUGAUGGCUGCUCACUGAAUACUGUUAUGAAUGGUCGUGUGAAUAAAAGUGAAUAAAAAUA